AUCGUGAUGUUCCAUAUGCUCGCCUCGGUCACGUGACCCCAUCCUCAGUUCAUUGGCAGUCGGCUCUGAGUAGAGCUCUCUAUGGGAAAUGCUCAGCGUUCCUUGAAAUCGACAGACUGCAAACUUCGACGCAUCCUCUUCCUCGCAGAAUCGUAAACAUUUAUUCCUUCCAGGACGCUUCCUUCCUUCCAGCCGGAGAUAAAUCUGCGAACUCCGGCCCAAAAACAGGCGAUGGGGAGCGUUAGGUGAGGCGGGAAUCACUCUUACCAAUUUCCAAUCACUUUAAAGGAUGACUGCAGGUCAUGCAGUGGUUGUCUGGGAGUGGGAGAACAGACAAGGCCGGUGGCGGCCUUACAGCCCAGAAGUGUCACAGUUGCUGGAACGGGCUCAUUCUAAAAGGCUGACAAGGGUGAUGCUCAGCGAUGCAGACCCUCUACUAGAUAAAUACUACAUCAACCUUCGUACCAAGCAGCAAUGCUCUGAAGAGGCAGGUACUGGUGUACCUCACCAGGUCCGUAGGAUGUUCUACCCACCGGACUCGCCAGCUGGGAAAGGUGCCAGGUGGGAAUGGGCCGGUGAUGGGCACGCUGAGUGGCACGCUUAUGACAUGGAAGUCCAGGCCCUUAUCGAAACCUCCUGGGCCAAGGGUGACCAGACUAUUGAUGUCAGUAAGACGUAUCUUGGUUUCCCAUACAUAAUCAAUUUCUGCAAUUUGACACAGGUCAGAAAUAACACAGGAUUUGUACGAAAUGUGAGACGGAUUCAGCAGGCGCCAUACCCACUUACAAAAAUAAACCCACAAGAAAUGGCUUCUAUGACCGGUAGACGAGUACAUGUCAACCAAGAAACAAUGAAACAAUCUGUAAAUUUAAAGAAAUGUGCCAACCAAAAUUCAAACAAGAAGUCGCUUAAAAAGUCCAAACACUCUGGCGAAGGCCAUGGCAACAUCGCACGAACGAUACUUCAUAAUCUCAACAUAUUCAGUCAUAACAGUAAUAAGACGAAUGGGCAGAAACUGAAUGCCACCCCACCUCCAAUAGUUUCAACUGCAGAGCCAGUUCCAGUCCAGAGGAGGAGCAACAGCUCUCUUCUGGACGCAGACUCAAGCAGUACAAAAAGUGGGAGGAGGCCAAGUGUAGACACAGUCUCGACAUAUCUUAGCCAUGACAGCGAGCAUAAAAAUUCAAAGGUUGACCUGUUGGAUUGCAGUGCAGGAAGUGAUGAUGUUUUUAUUUUUGAAAAGAAAUCUUCCCCUUCUCAUGGUGCCAUUGUCGGUGUGGACCCUGCCAGCGCUGGAAUAUCUAAAUAUGUGAUUGCCCUUAAUGAGUCCAUCGACGGCGAUUGCCCUAUUUGCCUCUGUCCUUACAACCAGGGAAUGACCGUGGCACUGUCAAGGUGUUCGCACAUGCUGCACUUAGACUGCUUGAACUCCAUGCUCACCAGCCAGCCGAAUUUCCCCCAGUGGUUGUACAUAGAAUGUCCCCUCUGUCAUGAAAUUUAUGGCGAAAAAAGGGGCAACCAGCCCAGAGGUACAAUGGACUGGGUCUUGGUCAAUCCUAUCAUCCCUGGCCAUCCCAAUGUGACAUUAAUACAGAUCACUUAUCAUAUUGUAUCUGGGAUACAAGGACGAGAGCAUCCUAAUCCUGGGAGGCCUUAUUAUGCCGUCGGUUUCCCUCGAGUCUGCUAUCUCCCCGAUACAAAAAAAGGAAGGCACGUCCUCAAACUUCUCCAGAUCGCUUGGAGGCGUAGGUUGGUGUUCACCGUCGGUAGGUCGCUAACGACAGGCAAAGAGGAUGUGAUCACGUGGAAUGGAAUACACCAGAAGACGGAGCCGGUUGCAGCCUUGGCGCCAAACUUUCUAGACAACUGCAUUAAAGAACUGGCUGCAUUGGGGGUUACGUAAGACUUUAGACUUGUCUACGUUUUAUAGGUGUCGGUUUUUUUGUGUAUUAAAAGAUAUUUAUUAAUUUUGGAGAUUAAUAGAUGCAGAUUAAUAUAGCAGUUUCUGUUUUAAACUAAAUUUCUUAUGUUUAUUAUUAGGAAAAUGUGAGAUCUGAAAAACAUCAUUCACAGCCUGAGCAAAUAAUAUUUUUACGGAGGGAAAGUGGUCCAAAAUAUAUGACAAAUUUGUAUACAAUAUUAAGAAAUCUAUUUAUUAAUAUCUUUUACAAAAUAUUUAGUUAAUAUUAUUGGACCAUUAUUAUUCUUCAAAUUCUUUUUAAAUUAAUUCAUUUUUCAUAAAAAGAAAUCUGACAUCUGUUCUAUGUUUUUAACUAACGACAGUGAAUGGUGACAGUAUAAAACUGUUUCUAGGAUAUUAAUUAAUUGUGUUGACUCACUCACCGGAUUUGAGGAAACUGAAAAGACAAUAUUUUUAACAGCUGUAUUUAUUUAUAUUUAAUUGCAUGAUUGAAAAUCUAUGUCAAUUUUUGUUUGCCUCAUUAAUGAUAUAUGGUGAGUGAACACCAUUACAGUAUGAUGAAGACAGUAGAACUUAAAUUAUCUGCGAAAACCACAUAUAAUUGAUUUAUAAUUUUUUUUAAAAUAAUUUGAAUUAGAUAAAAGUUGUUAAAA